GGCAGGCAACCACAUUCAGGAUCAGCCACUCACAGCCAGGCUGCCUCACAGUGCGACGCUCGCAGGGAUGGAGGAUCAGCUAGUGGGGCCGUGAAGAAACCGUAUCCAGGCGAAGUGCAAGGACGUCGGGCGAGCAAUUGCAGACGAGCCGUUCGAGGAAGAGGACCUCUUGAAACCGAAUUGUGUCUGCCAGCCGUCGUCGUCAUGACACUAGUCUCGCACUGAGCCUCUCCUCAGUGGGUUGGCAUGGCCCAGUGAUGAACGGAGCGGCAGCGCCCGGUAGCCCGGAGCUCUCCUCCUCAUGCCCGCUGCCUGACUGGCGAGAGUUCUGCGAACUCCACGCCCGAGCCUCGGCCGCGGACUUCGCCGACAAGUUCCAGCGCUUCCUGUCGGAGAACCCGUGCUACGAUUCGCCGGGCGCCGACGCCAGCUUCUCUCAACACUUUGCCCAACACUUCUUGGAGUGUUUCUCUGCGGCUCUGAGCCAGGCCCGGCAGAACCGGGCGUCCUCGCCGGGGGAGGACGGCUUUAGCAUCGCACCAAAGUACAGCAUCGUUCCUUUUCUGGGGAUCCAGGGUUGUCCCUUGUCCUACAGCCACGAGCUCUACCACAGACGCAAGGACGCCGGGGCUUCCAGCGAGUCCUUGGACAGCAUGGACAGCGGAGGGGGCGGGAUAGAAGGCAGAGGAGGAGGCGGCGCCGCGCCCGGUACCCGCGGACCUCAACCCACGCACAAGGUGUCCGCCCUGGGUCAGUCCCGCAGUUCCGAGGACGUGUCGGUGAGCCACCCCAAAGCUCGCUUCAAGAAGGGCUUCUCGCUGAGGAACAUGAGCCUGUGCGUGGUGGACGGGGUCAAGGAGAUGUGGCAUCGCCGCGCUUCCCCCGAGCCCGACGGGCCUCCCAGGAAGUCCAACGGGACCGGAGGAGCAGGGGCCGGAACCGCCGGGGGCGAAACCACCACGGCGGGGGGGGAGAAGUGGUCUCAAAAACUGCGACUGCCGAGAAGCUGCCAGGGCCACAAGGCGGAGAUGUUGGAGAUCCAGAGGGAGGGGGCGCUCAGGUACAUGGUGGCCGACGACACCAACUGCAUGGGCGCCGCCCAGUGGCAGAAGUGCCGGCUGCUUUUGAGGAAGAGCAAGAGGGACGAAGGGGCCGAGAGGUUCCUGCUGGAGUUCUACGUGCCGCCCAAGUCUUCCAAAGCCAAGGUGAGCAUCCCUUUGACGGCCAUUGUGGAGGUACGGACCACCAUGCCCCUGGAGAUGCCUGACAAAGACAAUACGUUUGUCUUAAAGGUGGAGAACGGGGGCGAAUACAUCCUGGAAACCAUCGACUCACUGCAGAAAAACUCUUGGGUCGCUGACAUCCAGGACUGCAUCGACCCCGGGGACAGCGGCGACGACAUCGAGCUGGCGUCCUGUCCUCACGGUCAAGCCUCAUCCAAAGACUGCUCCAUGGUGGCCUCCUGCAGCUGCGAGCUGCUCUCUGAGGGUGCGUACCCAGCUCCGGAGAGGUUAUGCGCGGCGGCGGUGGUGGCGGCGGCGGCGGCGGAGCAUUACAGUGCCCCCUCAGUGCGUUGCAGGGAACCCCCCUUCACCCAGCAUCCAUCCCACAUGCCUUUAGAGCGCUUCCUCCAGUCCCCAGAGGCCCAGGGCGCCAACCCCGCAGCAGCAGGGUGCGCAGGUGGAGGCGAGGGAUCCAAGGACUCUGAGGGUGACGCCAGCCUCGCCGGUUACCCGUGGUUCCACGGCACGCUGUCGCGGGUCCGUGCGGCUCAGCUGGUACUGGCGGGCGGGGCCAGGAGCCACGGCCUCUUUGUGAUCCGCCAAAGUGAGACGCGGCCCGGCGAGUACGUGCUCACCUUCAACUUCCAGGGCAAAGCCAAGCAUCUGCGUCUGUCAGUCAACGAAAACGGCCAGUGCCACGUCCACCAUUUAUGGUUCCACACCGUGUCGGACAUGCUGAGACACUUCCACGCUCACCCCAUCCCGCUGGAGUCCGGCGGCUCGGCGGACAUCACGCUACGCUCUUACGUUCAAGUGCAGAGGAGCGCUAACCCAGACGUGAGCGUGCCUUCGCUGGUCACGCCGCCCAGAACAGACGCCAGCUGUCGCCCGGACUCCGCCCAGCCGACUCCUCACCCUCCCGGGAUCUCACCCUCUUCCGGCCCCCCGGCCGACGCCCCGCUUUCCUCCAGUAGCUCCUCCUCACCCACCGCCCUGCCCUCCCUCUCCCGCAGCGACCCGGGCACCGGCGGCGGCUUACAGAGUCGUAGCAACAGCUCCGAGCGCCUGCUGGAGGCCUCGAGCGGCGCGUCCGAGGACUAUCAGGACGCCGACGGGACCCGACGGGCCCGGGCUGUGGAGAACCAGUACUCUUUCUACUGAGUGACCCCCCCCGAGGGCAACGACCACGAAAAGGCUUCAAACCCGUCGCCUUGUUUGUUUGUGUUUCAACGGCAAUUUCCUGUUUCUCUUGAUUCGAGAAGGGGCGGCGCCUCGGUCGGGUCGGGCCGCGCAGCUGCGCUUCGCACCGUCGGAGCGUGACGAGGCGUGACAAAGGGCUACGCGUAGACGACACUCGCAGAGGGGCCUGGAUGAAGGAAAUCAAAGCGGCGAGGAUGUGUGUAGGCAGAAAGAGCAACAGGAAGUCAUCCCGCGAGACUCAUCUGGCUUUGAUUCAGCUCAUCUGACCACUUCCUCGUUGACAGCCCAGUUUGAAAUGCGAGGCUCUGCUUUAUGUUUGGAAAGCUGCUGGGGAGUCCAUCGGGGGGAUCCUCCAUGUUGAAGUCUGCCGCGCACAUUUCGUUGCGUUCCAACACAUAAGCGAUGUCAUGGAGGUUUUAUGCUGCAUCUUUGAAAACCGUUGGGUCAAAAAGAACCCAAUUGUGGGUCAGAGAGGGACUGACUGCAACUUGGGUCCGUUUGAGACAUUGUACAGAAUUGUUUUUGCGGUUAUUUUUGGGGGGGGGGGUAUUGGAUUGCAGUUUGUCCCUAUUUGACCCGUGAUUGGGUUAUUUUUGACCCAACUGUUUAUUAGAGCAUGAGAAAACUGGGAAAUUGGACAUUUUGAACUCGAUCUUAUAAACAAGCAUCGUUGAUUAGACCGAACCAUGACGUAGUUCUUUUUCGCAAUCUGAGGUCAACGUCGAAAUUUGCACGCCGCUGUUUCUAUCCAAAUGAGUCACUUUGAAAAGUGUCAUGUGAGCGGGCCAGAGGGGACUUUGCAUGGCGUCAUGUGAUUUCCUUGCUGUUUUCAAGAGGAGCGUUAGUAACGAUCAGAAAGGAGGCCGUUAUUUGUAUAAUAGUGUUUUUAUAAUUAUAUGGAGAUAUAUUUUUUACAUUCCCCCUUAAAUAGAUAUUUAAUACAUAUAUUUUAGAAAUAUUUGUAUUAUAAGAAAGAUAAUGUAAUAUCUAUAUUAUAAUAUAUAUUCUUCUAUAUUGUAUUGUAAGGCGAACCGGUUGUUCUGGUUCAUUUUUUUUUUUUUGCAGAAAACAUCUCUAUGAAUUCUGCCGUAGAAACGACGCGCCAAUUCAUGAAUAAAGGUAAUUACAGCUUCUCAACGCCAUUAAGUCAUUUUUUUAUCUGCUCAAGGCGAAAAAAGAGGAAUGGUUUAUUUGUCCGAGUGUCUCUCUUUUGGUGAAAUCAAAGAGAGACUUGACGUCAAAUGAAGUUUCGUUUGGCUUAGUCAGAGGGGGCAAAAUGUCCAACUUCCUGGUUUUUAAAAAUACAUGCGAAAGCAUAACACGGAAAUGCUCACAAAACCGAUGCGCAAGGUGGCUUCGAUUUGCUGUCACAGGCUUAUUUCUCUGAGUGUGUGUGUGGUGACGUGUUAGAGUAUUUUUGAAUGAUCGCCGUGCUUAAGUCGUGUUUCUAAAACAGGGUCGUUGUUUUGUUUUUUUAUUGCAAGCUCGUUAUAUGGGUAAGAUGUAAAUUAGAUAUGUUGAUCUACUGAACAAAAGCAUAAAUGCAACACUUUUGGACUCGCUACCAGUUUUUAUGAGCUGAACCCAAAGAUGGAUAUGCCCGGGAUAAUUCUUCUAUUGUCUGUCUACAUCUUUUGCUGCACCGUUUGUGUUCAAACGGCCGAUCCUUUAAGGGUUAACCCCUCGACUAGUGAAGCUAUUCAUUUUUACACCACUAUCCAUAGAAAAGGUUUUUUGAGUUCAGCUCAUGUAAAGCGGGAGAGAAAGCGUUUCUAUUUUUGUUCAGUGUAUGUCACAAUUCAAAGUCAUGCCUUCAACAUUUCACGAGCAGUGGUAAGUGGAGAGGAGGAGACUUGUGGGAAAGGAUGGCCACGUUCGACUGCUUUGCUUUAGCUAAAUAAUAAAGCAUCAAAACAUGUAUCGAAACAAGCAUUAUCACUGUCGAGAUAAUAGAGAAGCAUUGAAGCCACAUUUUUAACAUAAGUAGACACAGUUUUGCAAUAUAGGGAAAGAAACAUAUCAAUAGGUGUCAAGCGUGGCCAUCGCGCAACGUUUUCCAGAACAGCCGAGGAAAUUAAUGUGCCAAUUUGAGUCCUAUUUUGGGAACUUAUUUAUUAUUCCUAAGCUGUUGUAUAAAUGGCUUUUCCUCCCCUAUUGAGUCUUAUGUUUGUGCAAGGGCGCCGUCACACAUAUCACAGACUCCUCAUGCCCUAAACGCUCCAUUUAUUUGACAAAUCAAGCAGAUUUGUUUUUUUUUUUAGGUUUUGUUUGAAUGUUUUCUGGUUGAGUUUUCAAGCUGUCUGUGUAGUCUUUGCCCCCCUUUCUUUGAGUAACACUUGGUAAAAAUUUAAAGUGGGUUUGUUUCUGUUAUCUGACUGAGUUUUGAAGAGUCUGUGCUAUUUUGUACAAAGUGAUGUACUUGACAUACUACUUUAUAUUUCUGUGAAUAAAACGUUGGACUGGUAAA